CACACACAUUCAUACACAUAUAUUCAUAUACACACACACACAUUCAUACACACAUAUUCAUAUACACACGCAGGCACACCUCUCCGUGCUUCCCUGUGCCAAACUAUGGGCUGGAAUUAACAUGCAGUGUACUGCUGCCUCUCCGCCAGUGCAUACUCUCCCAUGGACUUGCUCAGAGACAGGACUGCAGGGACAAACGACCUUCCCCACUGGAAUCCACUCAGCGCUCCCUAACAGCGUGUAUGGAUGAGCUACAGGCAGCCCCUUGAAUGCCAGGGGGUUGGCAUGGCCUCAGGUCAAAGCAGACUGAAAAUGUCCAUGGAUAAAAAUGUGUCUUCGCUCUGCAAUUUCUCCUUCUCUUUCCUGCGGAGGGAAGGCAACAGGACGGCGCUGGAGAUUGCGCCGCAGCAAGUGGCCGUUGGAUCGCUAUUGACUGUCAUUGACCUGAUCACGUUCUUGGGCAACGCCGUCGUUUUCAUUUGCCCGGUGGUAGAAAAGAGACUCCGGACGGUCACGUACAUGUUCAUCAUGUCUCUGGCCAUGGCCGAUCUUCUGGUUGCCUGCCUGGUCAUGCCGUUCAGCAUCAUUUACGAAGUGACGGGAAUGUGGCUCUUUGGCAAACAGUUCUGCAAGGUGUGGAUUUCCUUCGAUGUGAUGUUCUGCACGGCUUCCAUCGUCACCCUGUGCUUCAUCAGCCUGGACAGGUACUGCUCCGUUGUCACCCCCUAUCAUUAUUCCAAGAGGAUGUCACGCCGCAGAUGUAUCAUUAUGACAGUGACUAUAUGGGUUUACUCCUCGCUGAUCUCCUUUCUGCCCGUCAUGCAAGGAUGGAAUGAAAUACCCGGCGUUGAUACUGACAAUGGGAAGCAAUGUAUCUUCGUCACCAACUGGACCUUUGCCAUUGUGGCCUCCUCCUUGGCAUUUUACAUCCCCUUCAUCAUCAUGUGCAGCAUGUACUUCUUCAUUUACCGGGCGUCUCGGCUGAAAGCCACUCGGAUUGUGUCCCAGACGCUGGAUUUGCAUUACCACCCAAACAGUAAACGGCAGAACAACCUGCAACUGGAGAACAAAGCCACCAGGACCAUGGGCAUAAUAAUAUCGGUGUUUGUCAUGUGCUGGCUCCCGUACUUUGUGCUCAACGUUCUGAUAGCCGCAAAGGGCACCGAUUCCACCAGCAGAGUCUUGGUGAACGCUUUCAAGUUCAUCACCUGGUUGGGGUAUUGCAAUUCCACCAUCAAUCCCAUGUUAUAUGCCUUUCUAAAUCGGGACUUCCAAAGGGCUUUGAAGAAAUUGCUGAUCUGCAGGCGCUGGAGGUCCCAGGUGGACAUAGGAGAUGACAUGGUCUCCAUCGUGACAUUUUCUAAGACAGCUCAAGAUCCAGAAUAUAACAUCAAAAUGCCAAUCAGCAACUGUGUGCUUAAGAACAAACCAGCAAUGAAAUGCAACCCUACAACCCACUACUAAUCAAUAACACAAACACCCUAUAGAGCACAUACUCACCUAUAGUUACCUUUCUGUAUCAGCUGAAGGUAUCGCACAACUGCUCUACUGAUUCACACUAAACACAACUAAAUCUCAUAUUUGAACCUU